UUAUGGUUUAGCCUCUCAGAGGGGGAUAAACAACCAGCAGGCGAGACUUGGGUCUGCAGACAAUUCAACGAUUGAAGACUUUAAACUUGAUUUGUAGAGAUUUCAUUGGAGCGAUGGUGAACUCUGCGAAUAAAAGGCCGAGUUUGGAGCAGCGGAAGGUGCGUUCGCGGGAUGCAGCGCGGUGUAGGAGGAGCCAGGAAACAGAGGUGUAUUACGAACUGGCUCACUCUCUGCCCCUCCCACGACGCAUCGCUUCACACCUGGACAAAGCUGCCAUCAUGAGGGUGACGCUCAGCUAUCUCCGCAUGAACCGUCUCAUCCAAUCCGGGUCUUCCAAAACACAGUGCCGAGAGGAGACCGAGGACCCCACUGAUGGGUUUUAUCAGCAGGCACUGGCUGGUUUCAUUCUGGUCUUGACAGAAGAAGGAGAUAUGGUCUUCCUCUCAGACAGUGUCAGCAAAUAUAUUGGCAUAGCACAACUGGAGUUGCUUGGACAGAGUGUGUAUGAGUUUGUUCAUCCAUGUGAUCAAGAAGAAUUGAGAGACAUCCUCACCAGUAGACCAGGUCUUACAAAGAAGAAUUCAGAAAAGUUGACCGAAUACAACUUUUUUCUUCGAAUGAAGAGCACUCUCACUCACACAGGACGAACAGUUAAUAUCAAGUCUGCCAACUGGAAGGUUCUUCACUGCACAGGACACAUGCAGACUCUCAGUAGUGAAGAUGAAAGCUCACCCCCUGCUGGCAGUUUCCUCACAUUGAUCUGCGAGCCCAUUCCUCACCCCUCAAGUGUUGAAUUUCCCCUGGAUAGCAGCACCUUCCUCACGCGCCAUAAUAUGGAUCUGACUUUCACACAGUGUGAUGGACGUGUCACCGAGCUUGUUGGAUACCACACCGAUGAUCUGAUUGGCCGAUCAGCCUAUGAGUUUUACCACGCCCUUGAUUUUGAUCAUGUGACCAGGAGUUUACACACCUUGUUCUCCAAGGGCCAGGUAUGCACCAGUCACUACCGCUUCCUGGCUAAGAACGGAGGCUUUGUUUGGACCGAGACCCAAGCCACCCUCAUCUACAACAGCAAGACCUCUCAACCUGAGGCCGUGGUCUGCCUAAACUUCAUCCUCAGUGGGGUGGAGCAGGCAGACGUUGUGUUCUCAUUAGAACAGACCUGUGAUACAUCAAAACCCAAUGUUGAGGUGCUGAGCGUGCUCAAGGAGGUCGACUCAGACAUAGAGGAGAGCAGCACUGCCGAUCUGUUCCUCCAGAUGAAGGAGAACCCUGAGGAGUUACUGCAGCUGGCACCUCACUCUGGAGACGCUAUCAUUUCUCUAACAGAGGGUGUGAUGUUGUCAUUUGGCCGACCACCGAGUCCCAGCAGCAUACCAGAAUGCCCGCAGGACUUCUGUACACCUGAGCUCCGCCAACUCCUCUCACCAAUAUUCGACAAAUCCCCAUCAGCUGCGAGCCCAGCUGAAGAGCUGCCAGUGGAGGGGGAUGGGGUGGAGAGAUUCUUUGCUCUUAAACCUGAGGAGAGCAUAACUGUGAAAAGCCUGACGGAGAACAUGGAUGAGCUUGAUCUGGACAUGCUGGCUCCAUAUAUCUCAAUGGAUGAUGACUUCCAGUUGACCUUCCUGUCCCAGUGUCCCGAGAUGGUUACGUCAUCUUCAGAAAUGCAAAGCAAAACUUCAAGGAAACGAGGUUUAGAAGAUGAUGACAUUCCUGUUCUGGCUGCCAAAUGGGAGGAGAGAAAAAUGGGCAGCUCCAUUGAAGUUUUACAGAAAAACUCAGAAGAGUUUGAAUUACCACCUCAAAAGCGAACUCACCUUUUGACCGACAGAGAUCCUUUACUGGGAGGAACUCCGUCAUUGUGUGAUACAGCAGCUUUGAUGAGGAAGAGCUUUCUGCACCGGCCACCGGAUUUAAUGAAACCAAUUGCUAACAUGGCAUUGUCGCUCACUUGAAAAGAAGACGACACAGAUGAGCACACAGCUGUCAAAAAGAGUAUAGCAACCAGUUAGAGGGACAUUUCUAAAUAAUCUACAUGCUCUUAAAUAUACUCAACUAGCAUCAAUGUAACCCAUUACAAAGAGCCAUAUUUUAAGCACAACAUACAUGAGCAUUGUUCUUUCAUCCAUCUGAAAUUGUAUACUUUUGGGGGGGUAAGACGCUAUAGCAAAAUUAGACUUCGUAUAGAACUAAUGUGAUGUAGUCGAUGAUGGAAAAUUGUCGUUGGGUAUGAAAAACACUGGUGUUUUAAACACCCAGGAGUUUUGUGGUGUAUUCCAAAUUCUUCCAAGGCACAAAUGCGAUGGAAGGGGUUUGAAAUCGAAGACAAAUUUGGUUAGGAUUAGAAAUUAGAAAUAGUGCUAACACUUAUACCACAGCCUUAAUCUAAAUCUAUAAAUCUCACAGGAUUGAACAUACAUCACAAAUUAAUCUGAAAGAAGCUAUACUGUAUUUCACACAACCGUCCUCUGUUUCCUUAUACAAAAAGGGUGGUUUUCUGUCUUGUGAUGGAAUGGAAAUAUGGGUUUGAAGGAAAAGGGGCUUUUUAUGAAUGGAUAUAAUCAUGCUUUUGGUGUAAUAGAUGAUUCACUGAGACCGUGGCUGACAAACGCAACAAAUGCUUUCUAUCUCUCACUCUAACAUCUUUUUAUAAAGCAAUUUAUAUACAUAUAGAUAUACUUUUGCAAUUUAAACUUGUGAAGCUAUACUUGUGUGUCUUUGGUGUUUAACUACAAAUAUCUUUAUUUUUUCUUGUUUAGUUUUGUUUUAUUCUGACUAUGUGAUAAUUACAUGUAAUUGUUUUCAAAGAGACUACGUAGGUGACACUUGCAGCAAGCAAUUUGAUAACACAAAAAAUGGAUCUUAUUGGUUGAUAUGACAAGUCCUAGGACAUAUUUUACACCCAUCAUUUUUAAAUAGUGGUGCUUUUUUCAGUUAACUGCGAAUCCGUUAUAUUCCCCUGAUUUCUGUACAGUGUAGCUUGUACAGACAUUAUACAAGGGGCCUUAUUAGAGUGGUGUCAACCAUAAAAAAGCCUUUUUUACAUAUGGAUAACAGUUCUUCAUAUACUCCAGACUUUGUGUAUAUUACUUGUGUAAUUUUUUGCAUUUAUUUCCAAUGUACCUUUAUCUUGUAUUGACUGGUAAAGAAAUAAACGUGUAAAAUGCA